AUGAGCUUUUCAAAAUGUUCACAGCUUAUUUUUGAGACUAAUGCUUUAUUCCAGGAGCAAUUAAUCCAGCUAAAGGGUGAAGCGGAAAGAGCAUCUACAGCAUCAGCUGAGAUUCAGGCAAAAUUGCUGGUUGCGGAAGAAAAACUUCGAGAUGUUGAAAAGACUCGACAGCAAGAGAAAUUGGAGGAUGAAAGGAUAAGAGAACAGUAUGCCAAUGCUUUGGAGAAUCUAAAGUCUGAGUUGGCCGAAGCCCAUAAUCGCUUAAAAGUGGCUGAAUCAGCUGAAAAAGACAAUGAAAAGUUGCGAGAAGAGCUCAGCCAAGUUCAGAAGCAGUGUGAGGAAGAAGUGGCCAGGCAAAAAGAGGAGUCCGAAUCGGCUGUCCAAGAGUUCAAAACAAGAGCGGAAAAGAAGUUAGCAAAGAUAAAAGCUUCCGCUGAAAAGGAAGUCACGUCUGCUAAGGCUGAACUACUUCUGGAGAUGGAUGAACUACGACGUAACCUGUCUGACCGUGACCGACGCAUUGAUGAGCUCGUUGUGGAAAAAGCCCGUAUGGAACAGCAGAUUAUUGGGCAACAGGAAAUGGAGAAGGAGCUGGAACAGCGCCGGGCUAAAGAAAAGGAGGUGAGUCGAACUUUGAUUAAUGCUCAUGACAUCUCUUGUUUCGGAAAGUGGCCGCAAACCCGUGCUUAUCAGACGAUUUAUUGAAA